AUGGCUACUACGGCAACAGAACCGGUCGACAGCCUGACCGCUCCCGCAGACACUGACACGUCCAUCAUACAGCUGGAUAAGGCCCAAGACCCUCUAUCAUGGAGCCCAAGUAAGAAGUGGCUUUGCACCAUUGUCAUUGUGGCAAUGACAACGACAAUCAGCUUUUGCUCAAGCAUCCAUACCGCUGUUCUGGCUGAUGUUGCCCACACUUUCCGUUGUUCGAGAACAGUGGCCACGCUUGGAGUCUCAACCUUCCUCCUCGGAUUCGCAGCCGGUCCAUUGAUAUUCGGUCCGCUGUCUGAGGUUUGGGGUAGGAAUCCCAUAUACCGAGCGGUGCUGCUGUUCUUCGUAGUCUUCAAUGUGGGAUGCGCGCUGGCCCCCAACAUCGCCUCACUUCUCAUCUUCCGCUUCUUCUGUGGAUUUUUUGGAUCACCCACCGUGACGAAUUCGGGUGGAAGUCUGACCGACAUGUGGCCCACCAGCCAUAGGACAGUCCCACUGGCUUUGUUCACCGCAGCCAGUUUUUUGGGUCCUGUGGUAGCCCCGAUAGUUGGAGGCUUCGUAGUGCAAUACACCAAUUGGAGAUGGAACUACUGGAUCGUCUCCAUCCUCGGCGGCGUCUCCUACACGGCCAUGCUAGCCAUCCUGCCCGAAACAUACGCACCAGUCAUUCUCCAAAGGAAAUCCCAAAAGGACCGGCUGCCCGACAUCGACUACUACGUCACGCUCACCCGGCCGUGGGUCAUGCUCUUCACCGAGCCCAUCCUCUUCCUGCUGUCCCUGUACAUGGCCUUCUGCUACGGCAUCCUCUACCUCGACUUCACCGCCUACCCCAUCGUCUUCGCCCAAACCCGCGGCUGGGCGCCCGGCCCCGCCGGCCUGUCCUUCCUGGGCAUCGGCCUCGGCAUGGCCCUCGCCACCGCCUGCUCCCCGCUCAUCAACCGCAUCCACGCCCACUACGUCACCAAGCUCCGCCUCCGCCGCCGCCGCCGCCGCCGCCGCCAAAAUCCGCUGCAACACGGCAACAACUCCCCCUCCCCCUCCCCCUCCCCCUCGCCCUCGCCCCCCUCCUCCCCACUAGGCCCCCCCGAACCCGCCCCCGAACCCGAAGCCCGCCUCCCGCACCUCAUCCCGCUCUCCCCGCUCCUCCCCCUCAGCCUCUUCUGGUUCGCAUGGACGUGCUCCUCCCCCUCCUCUUCCGCCCUCGUCCCCAUCGCCUCGGGCGUCCCCUUCGGCUUCGGCUUCGUGCCCCUCUUCCUCGCCAUCACCGCCUACCUGACCGACGUCUACGGGGGCGGUCCCGGCCCUAGCUCCGGCGGCCCCGGCCCCGGCCCCGGCACCGGCAGCCACGCCGCCAGCGCGCUCGCCGCCAACGCCGUCCUGCGCAGCCUGUUCGGCGCCGCGGCGCCGCUGUUCGCCACGCGCAUGUACGACCGGCUGGGCCCGGCGUGGGCGACGAGCGUGCUCGGGUUCGCGGCCGUGGGGCUGGCGGGGUUGCCGUGGGGGUUUUGGAGGUGGGGCGGGUGGUUGAGGGGGAGGAGUGGGUUUGUUGUGGCGAGAGAGGCGGCGGCGGAGAGGGGGAGGAGGGGCGAGGGGGAAGGGGUGUGA